AUGAUCGGCUCUAUACGCAUCGCGGGCGGGUUCGCUCCAUCCGGUCUCUUAAUUUGCGCUACUCUACUAUGCCUAUGUCUACGAACGGUUCAUGCAGAGGUUGAUUCUGUUUUCAAAUCGAGACCUGAUCUCUACCCUCCUGUCCUCACCUUAGAACAUCGCAACCCGGAUAAGCUCAGUCCCGGAUAUAUCUUUGUGGGGCCCUACGAGGCCGCCAACUCCGGUCCCUACAUUUAUGAUGAUGAAGGGUACCAGGGGAAAGACCAUCUGUGCUUCUUCCAGGGCGUUCAACAGAACGGAUACUGUCGUGGCCAUGGCGUGAUUAUGGACGGCAAUUAUCGGAUCGUUCGCACCGUGGUCCCUGGAGGUGGUAUGGCAUCGAGUGACAUGCACGAGUUUUUGCCCAUCAACGACGGCAAGACUGCGCUGUUGACUGUGUACCAGCAGCGGCAGUUCGAUAUGAGUCUGUGGAAUGUGAAGACAGGCAUGGGAUGGUUGAUGGAGAGUAUCUUUCAGGAGGUGGACGUCGAGACGAACGAGGUGCUGUUCGAAUGGAAGUCUCUGGACCAUGUUGACCCAUCGGCUGCUUAUACCUGGCCCAGCCACACGGAUACCUCGGGCACAGGGCUGGACCCGCGCUCGCCUUGGGACUACUUUCAUAUCAACUCGAUCGACAAGAACAGCGACGGCGACUAUUUGAUUUCCUCCCGCCACACCUGCGCGAUCUACAAAAUCUCUGGCAAAGACGGAUCCGUCAUCUGGCAGCUGCAUGGAGCCAAACCGUCGUUCAAGAAUAUUAACUUCAGCUUCUCACAGCAACACGAUGCCCGAUUUCUCAGCGAGAAUGCCACCCAUACGCUCCUGUCGCUUUACAACAACGGGUUCAAUGGCUUCAACCGAACCCACGAGUAUUCUUCCGGAAUGAUUAUCCUGAUAGAUCACCGCGACAAUACAGCUACGCAGCUGCUCGAAUAUGCACCCCCGGGCAAGACUAUGAUCAGCUCCAGCCAGGGAAACCUGCAGGUCCUACCGAACGGUAAUGCAUUCAUCGGCUGGGGCAACAACGCAUACAUCUCCGAGCAUGAUGAGGAGGGCAAUGUCCUCCUGUGGGGAUACAUCGACAAGGACCGGAUUAUGAACUACCGUGCUCAGAAGUUCGAAUGGGAGGGGAGUCCAACCGACGUGCCGGCAUUGUGGACAUAUGCUCGAUCCAGCGAGACGUACGCGCCGACCACCUUUUACGUCAGCUGGAACGGGGCCACCCGAGUGAAAUACUGGCGAUUCUACGGCGCGCAGAACGCCACGGGCCCAUUCAUGUUGGUGAAACAGGUCGCGAAGAAAGGGUUCGAGACAAGCUAUACAGCUACCGAUUUCUACCAGUGGACCUAUGCGGAAGCGGUCGAUGUGGAGGGCAAAGUGCUCGGCAAAUCCCGGAACCUGUUCACUUUUGUCCCAUCGGCGGAGUUGCAAAAUUUCUGCGCGACCGAUGCGUGUGAGAAUGCCCAGGCGUAUGGAAUGCCGAAUGAGGAGGGCGCAGGGCCUGCCAUUCCGCCGGCCGGUAUCGUUACCGUGCCUUGGGUUGACCCGGGUUAUCCAGAUACUUUGUACGAUUGGGGACAGACCGGGAACUCUGGAGAGUCGGGGACUAAGGAAGAGACGGAGACGACCGAAUCGUCCCACGAUAAUGUAAGAUGGAUAGCUCCCGCCUUUGGAUUUGUGGUUACGGCAGUGGCCAUUUACACGAUCCUUCGGGUCUAUCGGCGGCGGCAGCAGCAGCAGCAGGAUCUCAGCCGGGUGAAGGAGAGAGCUUCGACGGAGAGUCUAGAUCAGAUGGAACGAGCGCCGCACUCAAUGGGGUCGGACGAGCUGCCCUGGUGGCAUUGGCGUCGACUGGACCAAUCUGACCCAUUUUUGGCCCCUCCUUGCAUCUUUCUCUUCUGCUUUCUGCUAUCUAUCCUCCUAUCACAACUCGUGCCGAUGCCCGUCCCACGAACUGCUUCCCAAGGAACCGGCCGGCGACCAUCCUUGACGCUUAACGCCGCUCCUCUUACUGCCACUCCCACAUCAUCCUCCGCCAUCGCUUCUCCCCUCCCAACACCCAACCCACUCUCCGCAACCUCUUCCUCCUUCGCCCAGUCCACCAAGAAUCGGCAUGCUGCCCGUCAUACGCGAGCUACCUCGUGGACUUCCGGUCACGACCAAGGCGGCGAACCCUCGUCCUCGACCUCUACUCAUUUCCCGCACCACCAACAGCGUCGGCGUCGCGAGUCCAACCUUUCCCUAGCCGACGUCUCCGAAGGAUCCUCCGGCCGCUACGAGGACUACGACAACGACUCUCAUACCAUGGCCUCGAGGAAUACUUCUAUGGACUGGGGUCAUGCCCGCAGUCGCUCUCACAGUCAGUCGCAGACCGCCAUGCUGCGGCCUCAAGAAUUGGCCGAUACCCCCUCCGCGCCUCCGAUCUCGCGCCCGACCCCAGUCACUUGGAUGUCUUUGCCGAAAAAGAGCCAGCUCGCGUUAUUGGGUCUCUGCCGUGUCUUCGACUUCCUGCAGAUUGCCUCCCUGCAGGCCUACAUGUUCUACCAGCUGAAAUCCUUCGACGAGAACCUAUCCGAUGCCGAUGUUUCCACCCAGGCCGGAAUCUUACAGGGCGCCUUUACGGCCGCACAGUUUGCGACAGCCAUUCCUUGGGGUCGCGUGGCAGAUGCGGAAUGGGGAGGCCGCAAAUUUGUGCUGCUGGUUGGCUUGCUGGGAACUGCUUUGUCCUGCUUGGGGGUCGCUUUCUCAACGUCGUUCGCGCAGGCCGUGUUCUGGCGUUCGUUUGGCGGUGCCAUCAACGGGACUGUCGGUAUCAUUCGGACAAUGAUUGCGGAAAAUGUCAAGGAGAAGAAGUACCAUUCGCGCGCGUUCCUGAUCCUGCCGAUUGGGUUUAAUGUGGCUGCUUUGUUUGGUCCGGUGAUGGGUGGUAUGCUGGCCGAUCCUGUCAAGGCUUAUCCUCGGCUCUUCGGGCCCGAUUCGUCGUUCGGCGGUGCCAACGGUGUGCAAUGGCUAAUUCGUUACCCCUACGCCUUGCCCAUGCUGGCUAAUGCCAUUUUCCUAUCGUUUGCGGCGGCUUGUGUUGCCAUUGGUUUGGAAGAGACCUUGGAAGCUUGUAAAGGCAAGCCUGGUCUUGGUGUAUUCUCGAUGCGCAUCUUCGCACGGAGUGUUCGCGCCCUGGUGCCCUCGUCCUCCCCGCUGUACCAUCGUCUCCCGUUCGCCGACUACGACGAGGAAGGUCCUCUACUGGGCCGACGGGAUGCGACCGAGAGCUACGAGCUGGAAGAGAAGGCUACGAAGUACACUCGUCAGAGCCGCACCUUGCCUUUCCGUCGGAUCUGGACCAAGAACGUUCUGUGCACGCUUUUGGCGCAGGCCUUCUUCGACUUCCAAAUGGGUGCUUUUAACAAUCUCUGGCUGUUAUUCCUCUCGACCCCUCGCUACGACCCUAACGACCCCACUAGUCCCUUGCAGAAACUGCCCUUCGUCUUCACUGGUGGGUUGGGCAUGUUACCACAGAGUGUCGGCUUUGCGACUGCGAUUCUUGGCAUUAUCGGCAUGCUCCUCCAAUUCACUAUUUACCCUAGCAUCAACGGCCGUCUAGGCACGGCCAAGAGUUACCAAUAUUUCCUGACUCUGUUCCCUCUGGCGUAUGCGUUUGCGCCAUACAUUGCUCUCGCGCCGUCCUCGGUUCCGCCGCCGGGCCAGGCCAACGGCGGCUGGGUGUGGUUUUCGAUCAUCGUCGUUCUCUUCCUGCAAGUGACGGCGCGAACCUUCACUCUGCCAACCUCAAUCAUUCUUUUGAACAACUGCUCGCCCCACCCGUCAGUGCUGGGCACCAUCCAUGGCAUUGGCCAAUCUGUGUCCUCCGCAUUCCGUACCAUUGGACCGAUCUUCUCGGGCUCAUGGUACGGUUACGGUUUGGAGAUGGGCAUGGUCAGCUUUGCCUGGUGGUUGGUUGCCCUGGUGUCGGUGUUUGGCUGCGUGGCAGCCAUUUUCGUGUACGAAGGCUCGGGGCAUGAGAUUAUUCUUCCCGGCGAGGAAGAAUAUUAG